GACCGGAAGGAGUUGUUGGCGCUUCCGUUGGCCUGCGACCCUGUAAUUGCCUCGGUGAUGUCGUGGGUUCAAGCAGCCUCCUUGGUCCGGGGUCCUGGAGACAAAGGGGACGUGUUUGACGAGGAGGCAGACGAAUCGCUCCUGGCGCAGCGGGAAUGGCAGAGCCACAUGCAGAGACGAGUCAAAGAAGGUUAUAGAGAUGGAAUAGAUGCUGGAAAAGCAGUUACUCUACAACAGGGCUUCAAUCAAGGUUAUAAGGAAGGCGCAGAAGUCAUUUUAAACUAUGGACGACUCAGAGGAACGUUAAGGAAAUCAACGGAUUGGAGCCUACUGGGCUUGAGAGCCCCGCUGAGGAGCCCGGAGGUUGAGAUGCAACUACGGCUGCAUCCUCUCCGGGUCGCCGGCCACAUGGCGAGCGGGGCUAUGCCGAAACAGCCUACGGAGCUCGAGCUCGAGGCGACGCUGCUGAGCCAGGUUCCCCAAAGCGGCCGCGCCACUCCCCGCUUCCCCGCCCGGCUCCGGGCCCCAGGCCCCCGCUUCAAACGCAGACCCCACCGCGACCCUGCAGCAGCCAGCCCCGCCUGGCCGCCAGAGGCACCUUCCAACUCCGAAGCACAUUUUUCAACACAUAAUAGAAUCAUUAUCAGAGGUGGACACAUUUAG